CUCUCCCUCUGGCUGUGAUAAUGACGUUACUAAAUCUUCACCCUCAUUGGCGGCUCCUCUCCAGAACAGGCUCACCACCGCAUCACCAUCACCAUCACAACUCCCCUAGCGUUUAUUAUAAUCCUGGUUUCAGAAUCAUCUAGCCAGACACGCAUCCAUACCGUUUCGUCCACUUCACGAUGACGUCCAGCCACCCACCCGCAUAAAAGCGUCGUAGACUCAUGACCAGCCCGUAAACCAUAUAUAGCUGCCCACGCAUUUGUGCUUGCUCUGGAAAACUAUAACAUGGCCAUCCGCUUGCUAAACUCUACUCGUCUGCCCCUGAAACAAUUCAACCUUUCUAUACCUUUACAAGUAUCAGUUGCUCAAAGACGCCUCAUCUCUCAAUCACCCAUCGCCAUGACUCCCCGCAUCAUCGACGCCAUCAAGGAAGACCACCGCGAGAUCGAGGACUACUACAACAAGAUCCUCGCGUCGACUACUGACAAGGAGAAGACCCAAUGGCAGAACCAAUUCACCUGGGAGCUCGCCCGCCACUCGAUCGGCGAGGAGCUGGUCGUCUACCCCGUGUUCGAAAAGGCGCUCCCCGAUGGCCGCGCCAUGGCUGAUAAGGAUCGCAAGGAGCAUCUCGCCGUAAAAGAAGCCCUCAAGAAAUUCCAAAACAUGAAACCCACCGACCCGGAUUUCGAAUCAACCCUCAAAUCCCUAAUGAGCGACCUCUCGCAGCACAUCAAGGAAGAAGAAUCGACCGACCUCCCCAAACUCGAAGACGCCAUCUCCGAGGCUGAAAGCGAGAAGCUGUCCAAGUCCUUCGGCCGCACCAAGAUGUUUGUUCCCUCGCGCUCGCACCCGAGUGCCCCCGACAAGCCGCCCUUCGAGACUGUCGCGGGACUCCUGGCGGCGCCGCUGGAUCAUCUGUCGGAUCUGUUCCGCUCGUGGCCACAUACGAAAGGGAUGCCGAAUCCUUCGACCAAGUAAAUUGUAGUACGGAUUGUUUGGAGGUUCGUUGUUGUGGAGUUGGUGGGCCUGUGAUGUGCAAAUUCGAAUCUUUGGAUCGUGGUUCGGGUUCGGGUUCGGGUAGUGCAGAUCAUGUAAUUGUUCUAUCGGAGUUGAUAACUUGGUUCAAUGGAGAUCAUACUUUUAAUAUGGAUU